AUGGUGCUUACCGCUUAUACGUAUGUUUUUGCCAUUGGCACGUGCUUUGCACUGCUAGAGGCAUACAACAAUGGCGCGAACGAUGUGGCCAACGCUUGGGCUACUAGUGUGUCCUCGAGAUCGGUGACGUACAGGCAGGCCAUGGUUCUUUGCCUGGUCUUCGAGAUGCUUGGUGCCCUGACGGUCGGCGCUCGGACGGCCUCUACGAUCAAGAACGGCAUCAUUCCGGUUUCUGCCUUCCAAGACAACGCCGGUGUUCAGCUUCUGGCCUUUGCCUGUGCGGCCGCCGGCGCUUCAUUAUGGGUCAUGUGGUGCACGCGCCACUCUGCUCACGUCUCGUCGACAUACUCCCUCAUCUCGGCCAUCGCUGGCGUGGGCGUCGCCACCGUUGGUGCCUCCGGCGUCCAAUGGGGAUGGAACGGUGGGAAAGGCCUGGGUGCUAUCUUCGCAGGCCUGGGCAUGGCACCUGCCAUUGCCGCCUGUUUCGGCGCCAUCAUCUUUAUGCUGAUCAAGGUGGUCGUCCAUCAGCGCAAAAACCCGGUGCCCUGGGCUGUUUGGACCUCCCCUUUCUUCUUCCUCAUCGCCGGCACGAUUUGCACGCUCUCGAUUGUUUAUAAAGGCUCCCCCAACCUAGGUCUGGACAAGAAGCCUGCGUGGUACAUCGCAGCCCUCACUCUUGGCGUCGGCUGGGGCUUGUUCGUCUUGUCGGCUUUGUUCUUCGUGCCGUACGUCCACGCCAAAGUCAUCAAGAAGGACAACACGCUGCGAUGGUGGGACGCCAUUUACGGCCCCCUCCUCUUCAGCCGACCCACGCCAGAGGCCGCGGUAGAGGCCAAAGUUCCCAACUACGCCGUCAUCCAACACUCGGAUGACGAAGAUGAAGCUGCUUCCCAGGUAGCCUCACAGGAAGGCGGUGUGCUCGACGACCCCAAGGAAAAGGUCAUCAACGAGAACCCCGACCUUCGCGCGAGACACGUUACGCCCAAGGCUGCCCCUGAAGCCAGCGAAAGGGAGAAGAAGCUCAUUCUUGCCGAAUACAGUCAGCACCACUACCAACAGAUGCUGCGAGAUGCACAGGAGCGCCACCACGCCAAGUUGCGAAAGACCAAGGGCCCUCUCGGCUGGGCUAUGCGAACACUUCACGCGAAUCCUAUUGGUGUCGGAUCAAUCCACGAGACGCAUAACAUGAUCGCCCUAUGCAAGCGCAUCCCCGCCAUGAUUGUGGCUUGCGCUCUCUACGGUGCUCACUACGAUAUCCAUACGGCGCAAAUUGGCAUCGAAGGCACCCCGGAGGGCCUCCGUAUGGCGCGUGUUUAUAGCCUCGCGAAGAAGUACCCUAAUGAGGUUGAAUACCUUUACUCCUUCGUGCAAAUCAUCACGGCUUGCACUGCCUCCUUUGCCCACGGCGCAAACGACGUUGGUAACGCGGUCGGUGUUUGGGCUGCCAUGUACUCUGCUUGGUCUACUGGCGAGGCUAUCGGUGCUAAGGCGCCUGUUCCUCUCUGGCAGAUUGCUGUCAUGGCGUUGACGAUCUGCAUUGGCUUCAUUACAUACGGAUACAACAUCAUGAAGGUCAUGGGCAACAAGAUCACAUAUCACUCUCCCAGCCGUGGAUCGUCCAUGGAGAUGGGAGCUGCCAUUACGGUUCUCAUCUUCUCACAGUAUUCGCUUCCAGUAUCCACGUCUAUGUGCAUUACGGGUGCCACAGUCGGCGUUGGUCUCUGCAACGGCUCUUUGAAGGCUGUCAACUGGAAGCGAGUAGGUCUCCUGGUCUUCUCCUGGAUCAUGACAAUUCCCAUCGCAGGUCUGAUCGGUGGCUGCCUGAUGGGCAUACUGCUCAACACGCCCCAUUUCUAA